AUUGGAACGAGAAGUAUUACGAAUUUCCUGACCCUUGAAUUGGCAACAAAUUACCAAGGUAUUGAGUUUUUUUAAAUUAUAUACCAAAAAUGACGUUUUAAAAAAUUAGCAUUAAAUUUUUUGUUUAAAAGCAGCUGACAAAAGCAACAAAUCCCAUUCGAAAAUGAGAUUAUUUUUAUCCAAGCAAACUGAAAAGUGACGCUAACAUGAAAAAUAACCAAAGAUAAAAUAAGCUUUAAAUAGCAUGGGCCAAAAUGAUUGGUUAGAACUAUUGACGUCAUCAUUCUAGAAGCUUGUAGAAUGACGAAAUGUCACACCAUUUUCCAUGCGUGAUUCUGUGAAGAGAAGAAGCUGGCGCGGAUUUCCUCUCUUGCGAAGUAGGGUGCCGGUGUCUGGUUAAAUUUUUUGGGCAUAUCUGUAUUUUUCAUUGAUUGUAUUCCUGACAUGGUCUCUGCAGAUAUGUCGUCUUCGGAUGCUCUUCACCCAGCCUGCACAUGGGCCCAGCGAAAUGAUCUCAUAUUCCUCACAAUACUGGUUGAGGAUGUUAAAAACCCUGAAAUCAAGGUAGAAGGAAACAAACUUCACUUCAAAGGCACCGGUGGACCUGACAAGAAAACCUAUGCUGUCGAUAUGGAAUUGUACAAAGAAAUCAAUCCUGAGAAAUCGAAGCAGCUCGUCUCUGGCCGGGGGAUCGACUUUGUGCUAAUCAAGGCCGAGGAGGGUCCCUACUGGCCGCGGCUGCUCAAAGACUCCAAGAAGUGCCACUGGCUCAAGGUGGACUUCAACAAGUGGAAGGACGAGGAUGAGAGUGACGAGGAGGGCGCCGGUGCGCCCGGCGGCGGACCCGGCGGCGACAUGGACAUCGAGGCCAUGAUGAAGCAGAUGGGCGGCCUCGGAGGCAUGGGUGGCAUGGGUGGUAUGGGCGGAAUGGGCGGCAUGGGUGGUAUGGGUGGUAUGGACGGUAUGGGCGCCAACGUGCCUCCGGGGAUGGGCGACGACGACAAAGCAGAAGAGGAGGACUCUGACGACGGGGAUCUGCCCGACCUGGAGGACUAGGAGGCCGUCAGCAAACGGCGACACGACUCUUCAUCCACACCGGACGCGCCAGCACUCCCCCAUCAUCACCCGCGCGCCGCCGCCGCCCCCGCCCGCAGGAGCAGACGCCGCGCCGCCGCCGCCCCCGCCCGGGGCUGGCGCCGCGCCGCCGCCCCCGCCCAGAGCAGCUGGCGCGCCCGUUCGCCGGCCGGCCGUCCGCGCCACCGUUCUGGGUGACCGCCUUGCGUCGGCAGCCAAGUGUUUCCUUUGUAUUGAACUAUGCCGUUCUGUGGUGCAUGUGUUGAUGGGUCGGUCCGUCCGCGGAACGCCAGGCAGUGCCGGCUGACCGCGGCCGGCGGACGUUUUAAAUACAGCCAUAUGUAUUGAUUCAG